AUGGCGACGAUUCUCCCUCAACAUAUUCCUUCCUCGUGCACAAAAACCUGGAUGCGAAUGAACUACGGAUCACAAUAUUUAACCGACACCUUCGUUCUGGACAUUCCUGAUAUUGCCGCACGUUAUUGGUUCCUCCAAGAUCGUUUGAUCGAGAUGAAAGCACACGGCUCAAGAGAUGCGAAUUCUGACGAGGCCAGGGAACUCGAGCUGCUCAUCACAGACUUCCUUGUCGACAGAAACAUGUUUUGUGGUUUCGACCUCCAGCAUUUCUAUGAUCGUGGAGUCACGUCUGCUGGCUUCUGGCAAGACAUGCAGCAUUCAUCAACCAUGAAGGAUCUGAAUCUUGUUGAUCAUGCCUUCCAGAAUUUUGCUUUACGCGAAAACAGUGUUGAGCAUCUUGCCAUGUCAUGUACAGUUUCGACUCCUACUGGGACAUUUGAUACAUCUAAGACGGACAGAAUUUGUAGCUCGACUAGGAAUGCACAAGAGGACGGCUACUUUGAUCGCUGGACUGAAAGCCAUUCAAGAGGUCAUCGCAUACUCAAGUCUAUCCAACAUCAUCUCAACAAUUUUCAAAGUUGGGACGAAGGCUGGAACGAUCCGGUCAACGUUGAAGACUGCUUACAAUGGUCCCUGGAAAGCGCCUUUGAUUUGAGUUUUAAAGAGAAAGAGUUCCUUGACCGCAUCGUGGCCACCUCCUACCACUCCUAUGAGAUCAAAAAACUUAUCUGCCAGCCACAGUUUAAAGAUAACUGCAGGUUGAGAGGCAUUUUUAUCAUCUUUAACAGUUGGAGACAAGAUCGACUGGUCUCAGAAAAUUUAUCCCUCGAUUCCUCUUUCCGCAGUGUGCGCCGCCUCGAUAGAGAGGAAAAGAGAGACCUUGUGACAGUGAGGCUUCAUGCUUCAUUCAGGGAAGAACAUCGGAAUUUCAACGUCAAGAUGGCAGAGUGCGAGUUCGGUACGAGAAUCUUAAAUCAACGGUAUCACAAGGCCUGGGACAAGGGCGUCGCUACCAUACGCCGGGUGCUACAAGGCAAACGUCCGGAUACACUCGAGCAGAUCUGCCGGCUAUUACAGGUGGCAUUUUCAAUGGGUUCUCAAGAUCCAAGUAACACGGAUUUCCGUGCGAAGUUCGUGGAAGAUUUAGCUCGGUGGAGGACCAUCGUCCCACGACACAGUCUUCACUCUUUCGACGCCAUCACCAAAGCAGUUUGGAACAAAACUUUCGAAGGAGAUUUGUCGGACGCUAUACCCGAAUACGGCUCCGAUGAGACACUACUUCGACUCCAAGAGCUACUCUCUGGGCUCAUAGCUUGCUAUCCCCAGGUCAAUCUAUCAGAGGGAGAGCCGCCGCCGGAUCCACAAGUGCCUCAAAAUGAGAAUGACUCAGAAAGUGCAAUCGACAUCAGCUACGCGGCAGUUCAAGAAGUCCUCGGUGAAAUGAAGGACCCGCGAGCGUACUCUGAGACCAGACAACUUCCCAUUGGGGUAGAAUUCGCAGACUCAAUCCUCAUAUUGCUAAUGGCUGGUGCUAUAUUUGGAUUUAUAAUCGCGUUGUUCGUGAUUCUCCGAUCAUUCCAGGUGCCUGCACUAUGCGCCUGGUUGGAAACCGAAGGGCAGAAGCUGGGGUUCGAGAACUAUGAGGAACGAAACUUGUAUAUGCUUACCCUGUAUGUGGGAUUGGGGCCAUCUACCAAUUGUCUGAAGAACAAGCGUCCGUGUCGUGGGGGCUUCCGUGGUUCCAGAACCGAGGACGAUAAACGAAGCUGA